AUGGUCAAGGGCAACCCCAAGUCCUCCGCGACGUCUGCGACGCGCAAGAAGCAUGCUAAGAAGAACGCUGCCCCGCAGGACGAGCCCCCGCCGAAAGAGAAAAAGCCCAAGGGCAAGGUCGAGCGGGGAAAGAAGAAGGAACCCCGCGUCAAGAUGUACAUCUCGCCCGUGAAACCAGCGCCGGUGCAGCCUGACCCGCUCGAGACGACCGGGUUGGCGCAUGCCCUCCCUGCGGAUCUGUUAGUGGUGCUGAGGAAUAUAAGUAAGAAGGCGCAGGUGACGAAGAUUAGGGCAUUGGAGGAGUUGCAGAUGAACUGGGUCGAUCGGUGUCUCAAGGAAGGCGAGGGAAGUGGCUUGGUAUAUACGUUGGUCGAGAUGCUCCCUGUGUGGCUUCACCAUGUCUCGGCUCUGUUCGUCCACCCUUCACGAAGAGUUCGACUUGUAGCCGCGUCCUUGCAUUCAUCUUUCCUCGAGCUACCCGCGACACGGGACCAGAUCAUCUUCUUUCUUCGCGAAAGUGCCUCUCCGACGCAAGUGGAAAGCAUAUUGGGCACCUGGAGUCUUGCGGCAAAUGACGUCGAUCGUUCCGUUUCAACAAUCGCGUCCAAAACCUGGAAAGAAACAAUCCUUACAUCGUCAACAGAGGAUUCUUCAUCGAGCAAGCACCUUCUUCUCGACGAGAACCUCCGAUCCUCGUUGAACUCAUUCGUACAACGAGCAACCUUGGAUCCCAGCGGCGUCUACCUCCAUCUCAACCCGCCAGCUCCGCCUCCUCCUCUGGUUCCAGCACAUGUGGCGAACAGGAGUGCAAAGUCAUCAGCUGCAUCUACACCGCGGAGGGAUGAUGGUGAUCAGACUCCUCGGUCGAAGGUCGACGAGCAGGAGGAGAGCGAGCAGGAUCGGAAAGCCAGGCUACGGAUAGCUGCUCUCGGUGCUGCUCGGUCGAUACUAGAAGCAACAACAACUCUCCCAGAAGAUCUUCGAGACUUCUUCUCCGACCCUGUUCUUUGGAGUUCGCUCCAAUCAGCGGAAGCAUGCCCCUGGAUAGACGUGGAAAGCUUUGGGUUUGCGCAGCCGAAUGUUCGGAAAGCGGCUUGGACUCUCUUGCAGUCCCUUCUGGCCCUCCACAAAGGCUACAAAGACCAUUUGUCUCUUAUUCUUGGAAUAGCCAUUCUACGAUCGGCCUGGGUCGAGACAGAUACGAUAGUGCAAAGUGCUAUGUGGCAGCCACUGCUCAUGUUUCUGAAACAGUCACCCGAAUCAUGGAACCUAGAAGCAAAGAAGAUACCUCAGGAUGACGAAGAGGACUCUGGCUCCGAAGCAGAUGAAGAUCGCACCGACAGCCCUUCAACAGGUCUUUAUCAAGCCUACCAAGAGUUCCUCCAAUUUCUCCAACUAGGCUGUUCAGGGUCUCCCAUCCAAGGCUACCCAACCGUCGUCGUCGUCGUCUCUACCAUCCCGCCAUCCCUCCUCUUCUCCACAUCCUCACCACCCCUUGAACAAUUCUUCGCGUCUUUCUGGGCAGCGAUCGAUGCCCGGGCGCUCAGCUCGCUGCAUCGCAUUGCUGCGUCUGCCGCCUUCUUGGGCUCGCUACUUGAGUGCAUGGUCUUCCUCGUCAGGCGCCUGCGGAAUAAUGACGAACCAGCGCACGCCAAGGCUGCUGAAACCGUUGUGAGAGAACAGAUCGCCCGCGUCUGGGAGGAGCUUUCGAGUAAGCGGCUGAAGAUGGAGGAGAGGGCCGCGGCAAGAAUGCUGGCGCAGACACUGGAGUCGCUCUUCGGCGUCGAGGAGGCGUUGUUCAGAGAGGCGUGGGAGACACUGGAGAGGGUGAUCCAGGAGUCGAGUGUGAAGGAGGCGGACUCUGGGCUUGUCGCGUCGUGCUUGAAGGUUCUGGUUGAUAGGUUCAAGGAGGGCAGUGUGUUGAAGGAGAAGGCGAGGGAGUUGGUGAAGGAGGUGUUAAGUGCGGAUGUUGAGAGGUGCGAGAAGGUCCUUGGGUCGGAGGGCAAGGAGGAUGGAGAGGAGGGUGCGGCAAAGCCGAACUUUGCGUUGAUUGUGGAUAUGCUGGAGCAGUUCCGGCAGGGAUUGUUCGAUCAUGAAGCUUUCUCGAAUAAAUUGGACAGCCUACUCUCCCAACACUCAUAUCGUCUGCUCACUCUAUCGCCUCCUCUUCUCCUAUCGUACCUAGUGCACCGGAAGGACGAGUCGAAAGCUUUGGCAGUCUGGCAUUCACUGCUAUCCAGCGCAGCCGGCAGUGCAGCGAACAGUCAAGCCCCAGAUCAGAAGGCGAUGAACAGCCUUCUGGGCGCCGUGCAUCAAGGUCGCUUGCCGAAGUAUUUGAAGCCGCAGGGAGGAGAGCUUGAUGGCCUCGUUGGAGGCUUUUUGGAGGAGGCGUUGGGGGGACCAAUGGGCUCUGAUCAGCUCCUACUGGUAAAGCAGUUCAUGGCGUUUUCAGAUUACUUCCUCUCGGAAUCAGCGGUUUACACCUUCCUUCAAAUUACCAUCGCCACCUUCACCUCGAACGUUGGUCAAGUCAUCGAUGGCGAGGAAGUUCAGAUGACCACCUUCGACGUGACGGUCUACCUCAUCCAGGCUGUCUUUGCCAACAUCCUCAAGGACGACGAGCUGACAAAGACAUUGCUGCCCGAUAUUUUCUUCUUCGCGUACCUCCUUCCAGUUUGCGCUGCCGGCGAUUACGUUGACAUCGAGGUUACGCCAACUCAAUCGUCGGCCAAGGGCUUGUGGGAGGCGUGGUUGAAGGCUGCGUCGGAGGAGCAGAAGGUAGCCAUCAGCGAGGAUAUCAAGGCGAGGUCGAAAGGUUUUGCGGAAAGCACCAGUGUGCAUCCAUUGCCAGAAGACAUCCUCCACGUCCUCGCCCAAAAAAUACCAGGUCUACAAUCCGAUAUCCUUUCUGACAUCUUCCCUUCUUCGGCCCAACUAGACGCCAUGCUCGAUGUUCUCUCUGCAGACGCGAUCGACCCAAGCAUAGCGGUCUUCGACGAACUCAUUCCCACCACCACCUCUAGGAGCGUUCGCAAGCUCCGGACCCCCACAUCCACCGACCGUCAGGGCUUCUCCGCCUAUGCGCGCAUCGUCAAUGGUCUCCUCCACGCGUUCGUCGAGGAUCGGCAACUGGCGCGGCGGAAUUUGUGGGCGUUGCGGCACUUCCUCGUACUUGAAGUGUAUGCAAAGGACCUGCUCAACGUUCCCUCUGCGCAGUCGCGAAGUCCAGCGUUCGAUGGGAAGGUUAGCACAGCUUCGUUGCGCGACGUUGUGCAUAGGGUCAGGCAGAUCGCUGUCUACCUGCUCAACCUCAACUCGAACACGACCGAGAGCGACAAGGACGGCGAGGGCUGGCGGAAGGCUGUCGUGGAUUGGCUCUCGAAGGAGCGGAAGGACGUGGAUGUGUUGAGUCAGAGGCAGCGGUUCUUAAUUGACUUGAUCGGCUAUGCGAGAAAGGAGGAUGGGGUAAGAGACACGAGGGUGCUUAAGGCAGUCUUGGAGCCGCUAUUCAAGGAUGGGCUGGAGGUUGAGGAAGCGGAAGCGUGGAUGGUGUUUGCGAGGAAGAUCGAGCGGGCAGCCCCUCAAACCUCUAUGUCCCUCAUCUCCGCCAUAACCUAUACAGGCACCGAGCCUCCCAAGCUCGACCGUUACCGCAACGAGCUCGCCGCCUCCCUGUUGGGGAUAAAGCCCGCCAAGGCAAACACCGACGGCCUCUUUACUUUACGUAAGCUCGCCGCUUCCGCGCCCGACCCCGAGGGCGAUGUUGCGUUCCUCCCCACGGCGCGCGCGGUGAAUGUGGUCAAGGCAUGUCAGGCGUGGGUGCUCGAGUCGGGUGAGGAUGAGGAUGAGAUGGACGAGGAGGUGGAGAGUGCGAUGCUUAGCGUGUUCGUGCACCUAGCGCCGAUCUUACAGAACGUGCCUGGAGGCCACUGGCCGUUUGUUUUCGACGUGCUGGAGGGCGUGUUGGAUCGGGCGAAAGGGGAAGAUGAAGAAGAAGAAGGCACGGAUAGCGACAGUGAAGAGAAGGAAGAGAAGGAGGACGGCGCGACCCUCGUCGCGCUCGCCCGUGCCCUCCGGCUUGUCAUCGUCCUCGAGGAUCUGGCGAAGAGGAACAAAGCCCUCAUGGAGGAGUGGAAGGAGCGCCGGAUGGGCGUGCUGACGACGAUCAGGGACUUGGGUGUGUUGGGGAACGAUUCCGGAAAGUCGCUAUCCGCCCCACGUUCGGCUUGUAGAGAGCUCGUGCUCUCGAUCGUGCAGCACCUGCCCGAGUCGCUCAUCGACCAAAACACCUUACCCAAGAUGUGCCACCUCAUAGAAGACCCCUCACCUAAAGUCCAGAAAAUGGCAUACGAGCUCCUCCGGACAGCGGCGAGGAAGCGCACGGAGUACUUCGUCAUCGAGGCGGGCGUGGACACCGAGUCGGUCGUGAAGCCGACGUUGCCCGAGGAGUUGUUGGAGAUCGUACAGCGGGAGGUAAACUUUGGGUUCGUUGGACAGGGCGCCGGAGAGGGGGAAGGAGCGAGAAAAGGGCAGGGAGGAGAGGGAGAGGGAAUGGAGGAGCAGGGCGAGAACGUAUUUGGGUAUUUGCUAGGGUGGAUGCUGGUGUUUGAUUUGUUCCAGGACGCGUCGUUCAAAGUAAAAUCGAGCUACAUCGAGCAGCUCCGGAACCUCGACGUUAUCGUGGGGCACUUCAUACCUGCCUUCCUCUCGAUCCUGCGGCUCGACCAUGGGCAGGGCGGCGGGCUCAUCAAGGCGUUCAAGCUGGAGCCGUGGGGCGUCGAUCGGUUCUACAUCGAACUAUACAACCCCGGCAGCCCACACGCCCUACGCGUGCUCACCGCGCACGUGUACUACCGCGCGCUGCUGACCGUGCCAUCGCUCGUACACGCGUGGGUACUCGAUACGAAGGACCGCCAGCUGACGGGGGCGCUUACGGCGUACACUGCGGCGCACUUCUCGCCCGUGCUGAUACGUGCGGAGCUCGAGCAUGUUAGACUCCAUUCCUCCUGCUCUGCCUCCAUGUCCACCGCCACUGCCACCGCCUCUGGCGUUGAGGUGCUAACAGACGAGAACAUGAAGGUAAAAGUCCUACUGCAAGUGAACGAAGUCUCCGCGAGCUACGCCGUCGACGAGCACCUUUUGGAGAUCAGGAUCAAGAUACCGAGUGAUUGGCCGCUGCACCGCGUGGAGGUGAAGGAGGUGAAGAGGGUGGGCGUGGACGAGAAUCGGUGGAGGGCGUGGGUCCUGGGUGUGCAGCAGAUUAUUUGGGCUAAUAACGGACGCAUCGUCGACGGCCUGAGCCUGUUCAAGAAGAACGUGACGCUGCACUUUGAGGGCCAGGUCGAGUGUGCGAUAUGUUAUUCGAUAAUCAGCGUGAUGGACGGCAGCCUCCCCAAAAAGCCGUGCAAGACGUGCAAGAAUCGGUUCCAUGCGGGGUGCUUGUACAAGUGGUUCAACACGAGCCAUUCAUCGAGCUGUCCUUUGUGUCGCUCUGAUAUCAUAUGA